GGGUGGGUUACCAGCAUCCAAAUGGCUCUCUUGAAUAGACGAUUGGGUUUGUCCUUAACCCAUUUCGGCAGUGUGGUGAUCCAGCGACCGUUCAGUAUCACGGGAGCAUGUGGAGCAAUACAGAAACUCACCCGCGUGCGAGUGGUGGACAACAGUGCCUUGGGGAACACGCCGUACCACCGGCCGCCAAAAUGUAUCCACGUGUAUAACAAGUCUGGAGUUGGCAAAGUAGGAGAUACGAUCCUCUUGGCUAUUAAAGGAGAAAAGAAGAAGGCUUUAAUUGUAGGGCAGAAGAUGCCUGGCCCCACCAUGACACCUAGAUUUGAUUCCAACAACGUGGUACUCAUAGAAGAUAAUGGGAAUCCCAUCGGGACUAGAAUAAAAACACCAAUACCUUAUAUACUGCGCAGGAGAGAAGGAAAGUUCUCCAAAGUAUUGGCCAUUGCCCGCAACUUUGUAUGAAAGCUAAGAAAGGUCUUUAGCAGUCCUGUUACAUCCUUUCAUACGGUAGCUGAUCCUUGGUCCUUUUCUUGAAACUGGUGAAGCAUGAAAAAGUUGAGGUUUGUCAGGAGUCUCUCCUCCUGUUUAAGAACCACAAGCAACUAGUUUAAAUGUUGAAAUAGUUUCUCCAAAAGAAGCUUGAUUUAUUUCACAGAACAUCUGCAGUGUGUUCAGGAAAUCGUCCUUCACCCUUAGUACUCCUGUGGUGUUAAUUUGGUCUGUCAUCAUUAAAAUAAGAACACGAAAAUCC